UGUUCCGUGCUGCGGACCUCUCCGCCUGUCUGCCUGCCUCCUUGGCUGUCUGCCUCUCUGGCUGUCUGCCUCUUUGGCUGUCUGCCUCUGCGUCUGCCUCUCCACCAAAUAUUUUUACCCCCAAAGGGAGCGCCACACACCUUUCUCUCUCUUCUACUCUGAUACGCCACAUCUUGGCAGUGCGUCAACUAGAUAAACACGUACACUCAACAUUUCUUGAACGUCAACUCGAACGAUAUUGCGAUGAGAUGAAAGAGCUCAGAGAAGAGAUAUCGCACGCAUCCCGUUGGUCGUUCAGGUGGCGUAGCGUGACCAAAAAAAUUACCAAACAAAUAAACAAAUACAAAAGAGAAAAUCAAUUUUGAUGCGUGUUGUCUUGAAACAAGUGGUGUGUGUGAACCUUAGUGCUAUUGAAAUGAUAUAAUGAACUAGUGCUCUCUUAACGAGCAACUUAAGUCGAUAUCACAGCAGCUAUUUAAGCACGAGUCAGCUUACGCAAAACAUGAAAACCGAGUAAUAGUGAGUUAAUACUAAGGUGUGAAUAUAUAUUUUCUUACACAGUACUUGGUGACCACUUGAAAGACAUAGAUUGUCCCACUUUUUCUUUGCCUCUGUUAUUCUAGUCACAAAGAGUAACGAAAGUUCUUUAGAAAUACUAAUGUACAAGAAUUACUCACAAGAAUUACACAUGGAGGGAGUGGUGCAAAUUCUAGCAGAGGAAUUGAACAAAAAGUAUUAGUUACCCCUUGUCAAUCAACCAAAAAAUAUAUAAUCUUUUUCAAACCCUGAAAAGAAAUAUAUUUAUAACAGGGAGAAAAUAAAGGUCAACAUUAAAUUUCUGUUUCCACUGAGACUGGUCAGUGAUAAUACACUGAAAAGAAGAGAAUAUGAAAUUAUCAAACAUUUACUUUUGGACACAGCGUUCCUGCUUUAGAAAGAUGGGGGACAAAUUAACAGCAGCCAAGCCCAAAAUUGCCCACUAGACCGAGAGAGAAUCACAUCUGCCUGAUGCAAACACCGCUCACAGUUGUACAACGACUGGCCUGAAGAUUAAUGGUGGACACGGCGCAGACUGAUGUGAAGCUGGUAACGUCAAAACCCAAAGAAGAAUGGUUGCCGCAUGGCAACACUGUGUGGUGGAGGAUUGUGGUGCUCCUGUGGGUGUGGCACCGCUGCACACACGAGGCAUGAAGAACCAGUGAAUUUACGGAGGACUGUGUGCCAGCAUCACAUCCUCCAGCUGUGUGUUGUGAGGUGGAUGGGCGGGGAUGGUGGUGAGGUGAGGAGCGAUGCGGGCGGCAUGACGCUGUCCACGCCCACGCCCCCACGGACGCCCCCGCACCCUACAGAUCAUGUGCACAUCACAAGGUCAACACGCAACUCUGUGUCAGCCCAGGACGCGCACGGCUUCAGUGUGGGCGUGUGUGUGGGUGUGGGCGUGGCUGGGUCUCGGUGUGUGGGGCGGGUGUCCCAAAGUGUGCGAGUGCUUCUGGCGCGACGGUAAACAGAUGGUGGCGUGUCGGGACGCACAUUUCAUCGACAUUCCUCGCGGGAUCGAACCCUCAACUCAAGUGUUGGAUCUCAGUCACAAUAACUUGAGGAUCCUCCCCCGAGACUCCUUCGUCUACACGGGCCUCCGCAGCCUCCAGAAAGUGAUGCUCAACCACUGCAAUCUGAAACUCCUGGAUAAAGGGGCGUUCAACGGAGUCGAAAACAUUAUGGAGCUCGAUCUAAGCAACAACCAGCUACGGUCGAUACCGUCUGCGGCCCUGAUGGACAUGUUGGGCUUGAGGGAACUUCGCAUAGCUCACAAUGCCCUCACAUCGAUCUCCUCUUCUGCUUUUAUUCGCACCCCACACAUCGUCCAGCUUGAUGUCAGCCACAACCAAAUACACACAAUCGAGACAGGAGCCAUACGAAACCUGACGGAAAUGGAAAUAUUGAACCUGGCUUAUAACAAACUAAUUUAUCUGAAUGCCAGUGAACUUGAGCCGCUGGUGCUCUUACGAGUGAUCAGAGUCGAUGGCAACCCCUGGCACUGUGACUGCCAUUUACGAUCACUCCGUCACUGGUUUCAUGAUCGUAAUAUGGCUGCAUCAGUGCCGCCUUCCUGUUCACAUCCUAAGUGGCUGAUGGGGCACGACUGGCAGCUGCUGGGCCAGGAUGAAUUCCUAUGCGCACCGCAGGUCACAGCUCUUGCUCCUAGGGUCCUGGCAGCCCACGGAGAAAAUGUGUCUUUGCUCUGUCGGGUGGAAACUGAGGUGGAGACGACAGUCACGUGGUACAUGGGUGACGUUCCUCUGUACAAUGAUAGUGAGCUGCAACGGUACUUUGUAGUGGAUCUAGUGACCUCAAGUAACAUGUCUUAUGUGUCAAACUUGACUAUUACUGAUGUCGUGUCUGAAGAUCAGGGCACGUAUCGCUGUGUAGCGGAGAACAGAGCUGGGUUAGGGGAGACCAACUUCACUCUUCAGGUGUCGCACGAAGUAGCCGAAGUUAGAGUCGCGAACAUCGACGUUAGUUACAUAAAGGAGGGUCUGUUAGGGGGAAUCUCCAUACUUAUUUUGGUGUUACUUCUCGUAUGUAGCAUAGUGUACUGCAAGGUUCGAGUGAGUCGUGUUCAGCGGCAGGACGAAGACAGUGUCGAGACAGCUCAGUCAUCGAGGAGCUCUGAAUGUGAGGCUCCUCACAAGCUGGCCGGAUACCACAUGGUACCAUCCAGUGACCUCGAGGAGUCUUCACCCUGCAGACAAGUUCCUGAAUCCUCCUGGAACGUCAGACAUAGACGCGCUUCGGGAGACUUUCCUCCUGGCAGUGUCAUUGAUAUGAGCGCUGCCGAACCCGCCAGACAAGAACCGCCAGAAUGCUCCGGCGCACAAGCACUGGCAGCGACUGUCGCCUUCGUUGAGAGUCCUAAACUCGAUGUUUGUGGUAUGCGACACACCACCCUCGACAGAGGCCAGUGGAAAGACGCGGUGUGUCACAAGGAUAUCUUUCUUCAUAGAGUGUGUAGUCGCUCAGUAUCUCAGGUGUCUCUAGGGAGCGGUAAACAGUAUCCUGACCUGCUCGACCUGCCUCAUCCGCAGCUCGGUAUGCAACUGCAGCAACAUAUGCAGCUGCAAGAUGGAGGGCAGGAGAUGCAAGCACUCAACGCAGCCUCCUGUACAAGACCUCUUCAUCCCUGCAGGAGGACGUACAGCGACGCAGGGCGUCGGGGCGGCGGGGCCGUAGCUCACGACUCUGUCGUACAGGAGAGCAUUCAUCCACUGGCUCAGGCAAUCCUCAACUCCCACGGACACGCAGAGUGCAACAGGUCGUCCAGCGCUCUCAACCUUGCCCUCAGUCAAGCUGCUUCCAAUGCCUACGCCAAUGCCCACUUGCCUGUGAGUGCGCACCAGUGCUUGGCCACCCCGCCCAUGCUGGACGCUCACCACCCACAGGCGCUGUGUCAGCUCAGCGCCUCACACAGGAAUGAGGGAGCAGCAGGGAACAACGGGUGUAGCCAGCACCAUUCUGCCGACCCUUGCCACUUCGAGUACCACGCAGCACAACUCGAGAAGUUCCUUAAGGAGUACCGCUGCCUUCAGGAGCAAUUGAUCCACAUGAAGAAGUCCUACGAAGCUCAUAAGAGAGCUGGGUCUGUCCCCAGGUUGGAUUGCUGCCCACCAGUAGCCGGAAGUUCUAUGGUGUCUUCGGCAGCAUUUCCUGAGGGCGUUCCGUGUUGCUCUUGCAACCUUCAAGCACCUUGCACGCAGCGCUCCGCCAUGCAAUCACUUCUUGGAAACUUCGCAGAGACAUCCCUGACGGAGACCUCCGCUGGAGGGUAUAUGGAAGAGACCGUUCCUGCCCUGUCAACCGGCGGACUUGCUGAUCAUGCCAGGCCACAGACAUCGAGCGAUGGAUGUGUAGAGAAUGUCCUCACCACCCAGGGUCCCUCACUAGUAUAUGUUGAGGCCCCUAUGUCUCCUGCUGUCAGGUACACGGACAGUCCCGUACCACAAAUACAAGUAAGUGGUUACACAGAUGAUCCAAAUUGUCCACCAGAAACGGAGUCUCCACUGCAGCAGAGCCCUGCUAGAGGAAGCCCAAGUGGCAAGACGUCAAGGGCCCCAAAAGAACCACUGAAAUCCAUCUUGAAGAAAAGCAGCGACGGCAGCGCUCGGCGUCGCUGUGAUCAGUGGAGACGAAGCACUUCUUGUUGCGACGGGUCAGCACCUUCGUUCACGGCCUCUGAUUCCCGUCCACCACCUGACGCAUAUUCAGCUGCUGAGUCCUAUCCGCCUGCGAGCCCAUGCCCGACAGCAGACCAGUAUCCGUCAGCGGAGCCACACACAACUACUGACUCGAGCACAAGUGACUCAAACCCCACCACCACCAGCCUAGCGCCAUCACAACAGAGCUGUUAUGAGUCCUGAACCAAAGAGACACUGUUGACUGUGUUCCUACGCCCCAGACACACCACACUGCCAGCCUGGAAAGAAGGUCCUGACUACAUUACCAAGCACCUCGUCCUGCUCCUCCUUCAUCCUCAGCAGAUUUAAGAUGAAUUUUCGUGGUUGUGAACUUAAGGCAGAUCACCUGUAUUUUCAAUUCAAGCGCUGCAAAACAAUAGUGUCCUUGAUUCUGAAGGGAAUACAAAACAUCAGUAUUGUAAACACGCUGCAGAACUUAAUCACGAGUGUUGAUGGUUGUAAACACGCUGCACAACUUAAAACACCAGUGUUGAUGGUUGUAAAAACGCUGCAAAGCUUAAAACACCAGUGUUGAUGGUUGUAAACACGCUGCAGAACUUAAAACACCAGUGUUGAUGGUUGUAAACACGCUGCAGAACUUAAAACACCAGUGUUGAUGGUUGUAAAAACGCUGCAAAGCUUAAAACACCAGUGUUGAUAGGUGUGAACACACUGAAAUUUCUUCAGAAGCCUUCAUCAACAACGUGUUCGAAAAAAAAAAACUGAAAUAUUUCGUACAGAAAACAGACCCGUCUUGAAAUCAUUGUACA